GGAUGUUAGGUGAACGCAUUGGAGAAGGUUCUCAAAGAUCAGUUCAACUAUCGCACCGAGCAAUAUGAGAUACCGCCCACACAAUCGGAUGAGAUACUCUUUACGAGGUUAAAAGCAUUCAUUGACUGUUACGAUGGCCCUUCCAAGCUAGGGAUUAUAUACUAUGGCGGCCAUGCCGAGAGAGUAGAAAACGCCGAAGGAAUCGAUCUGGAGCUCUUUGCGAGGCGGACACAUCACACAGCACCUGCAGCCAAGCUAUCGAGAACAAACACUACGCUCAGUGACAUCAGUCUCCCCGAGUCUCCGGUGGAUGGGAAAUCAAUCGCGAAAGACAGACCCCAGCAGCCCCAUGUCAGUUUCAAGAAGAUCUGCGAACAACUCAAGACAUGUGAGACGGAUAUCCUUAUGAUCGUUGAUAGCUGUUUUGCUGCUGGAGCAUUCACCGACCAGCCCUUCGGCGGCAGGAAAUCUGAACUUUUCUGCUCCAUCGCAGAGAAAGACUGGGCUAGAGCGCCAGGUCAAGAAGGAUCUUUCACCAAGAUACUCACGACCACGUUGAAAAAGAUGAUUGGAGAGAUUCCGGAGGGCUUCUCUACCUCCGAUCUCUAUCGUCAAGUCUAUCAGCAGCAGCAUCGGGCUCUGAAACCGUUCCACUUCACGCAAUCGAGGUUUGAUUUUGGAAGAAUCUGGUUGAGGCCAUGUCGACAGAAGGACGAAUCAACCACCAAUUUGGGAAGUGCCACCACCGCUGUGGACUCGAAAUACUCUAUCGAUGUCCGCUUCCAGCUCACAAAAAGUCCUGACCUGGCCGAAUUGAACAAACUGGUCAAAGCAUUGCAGUACAUACCAUUCGUCCGGAAAGCCGACUUGCAGAACAUGCAUAGCCCAGAAAGCGACCUGAGCCAGUUCAUGCGAACCGUACACCUAGCGAACCGUCUGCGACCACUGCUUGCGCGAAUCCGGCGUCGGCGCGACGGUAGGCAGGCGCAACAGCUUCGUAGGACCGACACUACCCCUCCCUCUUCUCCGGUCGUAGAGGCGUCUACCAGCGAGCAAUUUCUCGAAAAGGAGCCGAGGAAUGUAGGCCUAUUUGAUUGGAGCCGGUCAAAAGCUGUUACACUGUAUGAUGAGCGCUUGUCGCCCGGCCAGUGCUUUGACUUGAAAACAUCACAUGCAAAGCUCCACGACCUGCAAGCACCGACCGAAGUCCCAGAACAUCCAACCGUCGCAAAUGCGGCUCUCCAGAUAGUUAACCAGGAAACGCAUGCAGAUGCGACUAAAUCUAGCCGCAGUAUCUUUCGUAGGGCUGCCACUUGUCACCCUUCCCGUCGGGCUGUCGAUGGCUUGUUGUUCUUCACACUAGGUGUUCUGGCCCCCACCCUCAUUCGUUGGGCAGCGCAGGGUAGUGCAUCACUGUUCGCAGUAUCGCACCUGACAUUCGUGGGACAAUACAUCCUGGCGCCUUGAGCCUUGUUGCCUGCCUGACACUUUGUCAUCGUUCACCGGCCAGGAGGACUCACUAUAAGAGAAGGCUGAAGAAGGGCCUACAUUUCAAUCUGCACCUGCAGCAAUGGCGACGAACGAAGCGACAUCCGAAGCGAGGCAGAAAGCGAUGGACGAAGCAACAACCGACAAGCUCGACGUGGGUCUUCCUCAAGACCCUCGUGACAGUGCGGUACUGACGCGCACAGGACAUCUCUCCUCCUAUGUCACCGGAAAUGGAGACGCAAGACGCCCCCGAAUACAGGGCUGACAUCGGGCCAGGAAGGUGGCAGGCCGU